AUAAAUUUAAUGAUCCCAUGGGUACGUGAUCAAAUAGCAGAAGCCUGGCACAACAGAAAAAGUUCAAGGGCAGCUGACAAGCGGUCCUUGGCUGUUUCUUCUGUCAGCUCAGGCAAUGCUACAAGCAAUAACACUAUGCUUACACCAUUACCUACCUCACCUGAAAACUUUUCUAUCAACGUUAUCAGUAUGGAAGGUAAUGUCUUAGAUGUUGCAAUAAAACCAAACUUUACUGUGGGAAAUAUUAAGAAAAUAGCAGUGGUACAUUUUUAUGGUCAAGAUACAAUAAAAUCCAUCUCAAGCUAUCGCUUAGUUCAUUCAACUAAAUUUAUACAGCUUAAGGAUGAAAAUUAUGUAAGCGACGAGGAUAUCAAUGAAUGUGAUGAGUUAUUAUUAGUAGAAAUACGAUCAUCUGUACAAGAAGAUUUUUCGGAUGAAGCUCUUAAAGGUCCAAGUUUAGAAGCAAUAGCUCAAGCUACAAGUGAUCUACCUAAUGUACGAAAUCCACCUAAGCCUGUGCCAUCUACAGAAUGCCCUGCAGAUUUCCAGAAUGAAAUUCGUAAGAUUUUAAUAACCCUUGUACAAGCAUCUGCAAAGAUCUUGAUGUACAGUCCUUAUGCUGAAAAAUUGUAUGACGAUAUUAAGGAAAAACUUGAAGCUAGGUGUAAUCCUAUUAAUGAUCCAAAAAUCGUAAAAAAUCUUAUAGAAAUGGGUUAUCCUCACAAAAAAGUUCUCAAAGCAUUAUGUCUUCGAAAGCAAGUAUCAACAUCGAAUAUGACAGAAGCUUUAGAAUGGCUUAUAGAUCAUCAGGAUGAUUCAGAUAAUGAUUCAGAUGAUGAUUCAGAUUUCUUAUCCAUGGAUACAGACAUAGAUAUUGCGAAUCCUAGUUCUUCAAUGAAAGCUAAGAAAAAGUCAUUUAAAGAUGCAUGUUUGGAAUUGUUCAAAGAAAAACAAGAUCAAGAAGAAAAAAAUCUGGUAUAUAUCGUAGAAUUAUUAUUACAUAGUUUUCGACAAUGGAAGAAAAUGGAAUUUAAACCUAAUAAGAGAGCAACGCGAUCGCUUGUAGAAAUGGGCUUUGAAGAGAAAAAUAUUCUAGUAGCAUUAAAAGUUACUGGGAAUGAUCAGGCUAAUGCUUGUGAAUGGUUGCUGGGAGAAAGAAGACGUAGUUUACAAGAUUUGGACGAAGGUCUCGAAACCGAUGGUCCAAUUUAUAAUGCAAUUAUGAGUAAUCCUCAUAUUCAACUUAGUCUUACAAGACCAAAGAUGUUGCUUGCAUACUUAUCAAUGAUAGAAACACCUGCCUCGGCAAAUGUAUGGAUUAACGACCCUGAAAUUGCACCUGUGCUUAACCAAAUAUCCAAGACAUAUCACACUGAAAAACAUGCCAUUCAUAUGAAUCGUUAUACCUAA